CUUUCCCGUAUCCCGCAGAGCAGAAGCACACACACGCUCGUCGCUUCCCCUCCGCCGGCGACCAACCCCGCCGCCUCCCACCGCCACGCCCCCGUUCUCUGCUGCUACAUCUCGUCGCCUCGCCGGCGCCAUCCGCUAUCUCCCCCGGCGGCGGCAGAGGCUUCCUCUUCUCUGCUACUCGUCGGCGGCAGCGGCCGCCGUCUCGAGUGCGACCCACGGCGGGUGGCCGCGGCCGUCGUCUCGACGACGAACGGCGAGUUCGUCGCCGCCGUCGGGCAGUGCUCGGGCCUCGUCGCGUGCCGGGCCCGCUUCGGGAAGGAGCACGAUGGGCCCGUGCCAGCCCGGCCCGACCCGGCCCAAGUCCAGCCUCUACUCCCCUUAACAUGGUCUAUUUACAUAAAAGCCCCUUUCAUCACCGCGGUAAUACAAAUAUUUCUCCUAGUACAACGCUUUCACGAAGUUGGGUGAGGCCUCCACAAAUCCGAGGUCUUCCCUGCAUAAUCCUCCCUCCUCCGCGGCAAAGCCCUAGAAGCGCCGCCGACGCCCACAUGGCGGCGCCCUCCGGCUCCGGCGAAGCCGCCCCCGCCUCCUCCACGUACUACGACGUCUACGGACCCGACGCUAAACCUGAUGUUGUUUUUAAGGAGGCCACUUCAAAUUCUACGUUAAAUUUGCAGUGCAGGAUGUUCAGGGGCUAGUAACUUGGGUCAUUGGUGAUGGCAUGCUGCCUUCUUGGGUGUUUGUUAAAAACAAGCCUCUUAUACCAAAAGUCGUCCUUCUAUAUGUUCCUGGCCUUGAUGCAGCUUUAUAUAUGUCGCAAUCCCGUCACCUUUCUUCUUUGAAAGAAUUUUGUGGCAAUCCAAAACCUGUUCUAGCUUCAAGCUGUAUACCAGAUGAAAGGCAUACCAUCGAUGCACUCCUAACAUGCAGAGUAAAGCGAAAGCGUGCGUUGAAAACAACGGACCAAUCUCAUGAAUCUGAUGGCCAAGAAAAGUUAUCAAGUUUGGACGAUCUAAAGGAUAUACCGUUUCCUAUUAAAUAUUACACGCUUUCUGAAAAAGACUUGGAGGACAAUGGAUACAACUUCAGUUUAGAAGGUUUUGUCCCUACUGUUUCAGCUCCUCCAGGCUCUUCGCCAUAUGCAAUUCUUGCACUUGACUGUGAGAUGUGUGUUACUGCAGCUGGAUUUGAACUUACAAGAGUAACAUUAGUUGAUAUUAAAGGAGAGGUGGUGCUAGAUAAACUAGUUAAGCCUGCCAAUCCAAUCACUGAUUACAAUACAAGGUUCAGUGGAAUCACUGCUGAAAUGUUAGCUGAUGUUACCACAACCCUCCAGGAGAUUCAGGAGGAGUUUGUUGGACUUGUGCACAAAGAAACUGUUCUUGUUGGACAUUCUUUGGAAAAUGAUCUUAUGGCAUUGCGGAUAUCCCACGAUUUGAUCAUUGAUACUGCAGUUUUGUACAAACAUAAUCGUGGCCAUCGCUUUAAGAUCGCUUUACGUGUCCUGGCAAAAAAGUUUCUUAACCGGGAGAUCCAGAACACUGGGUCUGGGCAUGACAGUGUGGAGGAUGCUAAAGCUGCUCUAGAACUCGCUUUAUUGAAAAUCAAAUAUGGUCCUGAUUUUGGCUCCCCACCAUCAACUUCACGACGAAAGUUGGCUUCCAUACUGCAUGAAAGUGGUAAAAAAUGCUCCCUCAUUGAUGACGCCUCCGUUCUUGAGCGGUAUUCAGAUGCUUCUUGUAAUUCAAUAGCAGUUUUCUCAGAUGAUGAUGCACUAUCUAGAUCAAUGAAAGAGGUAAAAAAUGACAAAGUUAGUUUUGUCUGGACUCAAUUCUCGAAAUUGAUCUCGUAUCUUCGUACAAGGGCCCAAGAUCCCGAUAAGGUGAAAUCGUGUGUUGCAGAGGCUAUUGCAUUGCAGACCUGCGACAGAAAAACUGCUCAGAAAAGAAAAAAGCAUCAAACUUGUCCUGAACUAAAGGAAAUUCUGAUUGGGUUGGACAAGAAAAUUAGAAAAUUAUACAGCAUCUUACCUGAUAAUGCAAUGCUUAUUAUAUGUAGUGGUCAUGGUGAUACACCUUUGGUGCAAAGAUUACGGAAAAUGCUUAAGCAAGAAGAAGAAACAGUAGAAAGCCGCGAAAGCAUUGUUAAAGCAUUGGAAGAUAUACAAGCCCAGGCAGAAGUUGCUCUAUGCUUCUGUUGUGUCAAACAUUAGCUGCAUUAUUCAGACGAUAUACUUGCGGACUCUGUUUAUUGUAGGAAGGAUGGAGCCCCAUGCAUCCCAACUAACAUUAGAACUUCUGGCUAACAUGAACUUCUGGAUUCAAUUUUGAAAGCUGACUUGCCAGUUUUAGGAGGCUUCACAUAUGCUCAUGCUGCUCUUUUGCUAGGCUAUGAUGGGUGGCAUGUUUCUAUCAUAUCAAUGCAUCAUUUGUAACAAGAUGUAUCAGUAGCAAAGCUACCAGGGAUAUAUUAGCAGAUGAAAAAAGAUAUUCUUUUUCUCUCAAAUGUAUGGUGAUGAAAACAGCUUUGGUAACAAAAGAAGCUCCUAGAAUUGUUCUGAAAAGACAGAUUUGACUCAUUGCUGA